CGUUAACUGUCAUUGGCUCGAGCACAAAUGUGCCGUGUAUUCAAGUAAUAUUUAUUUUAAUAAUUGAAAAGUUAUAAAAGUAUAAAUAGUGCUAGAUUGAGAAAUACAGGCUUUAACUCCCGCCCCUCUGUUUUAAACCACGCGCCCUGUGGCUUACAACGAGUGCUCACACUUUGAGCGCGUAGCAAACGUAAGCGAGCUGUUUCCUCCACAGCUAAACAUUCACUUUUGGAAACAUUUCUGCGUUUGAAGUCGUCACGCGUGGCUGAGCGUUGGACGGCAGACAAGAGCGAAAGGGACAAAAUGAACAGUCGACUGCAGGAAAUCCGGGAGCGACAAAAACUAAGGCGGCAGCUUCUCGCUCAGCAGCUGGGAGCUGAGAGUGCAGACAGCAUCGGGGCUGUGCUGAACAGUAAAGAUGAACUCAAGGAGAUAGAAGAGACCAGAGAAACAUGCAGGUCGUCGUUGGAUCAAUCCGCUCCACCGUCCAAAAAGAAGGCCCUGGCGGAGGGAGAUGACAUCGAGGAAGAUGUGGAGGAACAAAAAGAUGAGGUGGAGGUGCAGCAGCCGGAGGAAAGUAACCCGUAUGAGGAAGUAUACAAGGACUCAAGUACUUUCCUUAAGGGUACCCAGAGUUUAAACCCUCACAAUGAUUAUUGUCAACACUUUGUGGACACGGGUCACAGGCCACAGAACUUCAUUCGAGAUGUCGGCUUGGCGGACCGUUUUGAGGAGUACCCCAAACUACGAGAGCUGAUCCGACUGAAGGACGAGCUCAUCUCCAGCACUAACACCCCUCCUAUGUACCUGCAGGCUGACCCAGGGCACUUUGACCUCCAGAAUUUGAAAAGCGAGUUUGAUGUCAUCCUCCUUGAGCCUCCUCUAGAGGAAUAUUACAGAGAAUCAGGCAUUAGCCACACACAGCGCUUCUGGACCUGGGAUGAUAUCAUGAAGCUGGAGAUUGAGGAGAUCUCUGCCCUCCGUUCCUUUGUCUUCCUCUGGUGUGGCUCAGGUGAAGGCCUGGACCUAGGAAGAAUGUGUUUAAGGAAAUGGGGCUUCAGGCGCUGUGAAGAUAUCUGCUGGAUCAAGACCAACAAGAAUAACCCAGGAAAGACCAAGACUCUGGACCCCAAAGCAGUAUUUCAGAGGACCAAGGAGCACUGCCUGAUGGGAAUCAAAGGAACGGUGAGGAGAAGCAUGGACGGCGACUUCAUCCAUGCAAACGUGGACAUCGACUUGAUCAUCACGGAGGAGCCCGAGAUGGGGAACGUGGAGAAGCCCGUGGAGAUCUUCCACAUCAUCGAACACUUUUGUUUGGGCCGCAGGAGGCUGCACCUGUUUGGACAGGACUCUACCAUCAGACCAGGCUGGCUGACCGUGGGACCCACUCUGACCAACAGCAACUUCAACCCUGAGACCUAUGCCGCACAUUUCGCCUUGCCCGACUCCUACUUGUCUGGCUGCACCGAGGAAAUAGAGCGCAUGCGGCCCAAGUCGCCGCCUUCUAAGAUGAAGUCGGACCGUGGCGGCGGGGCGGCGAGAGGGGGGCGCGGCGGUCUGAACGCCGGGAGGGGUGGAGAGAGAGGCCGCGAAAGAAACCGACCCAAUUUCCGCGGCGACAGGGGCGGCUUCCGGGGACGUGGAGGACCACAUCGAGGUUUUCCCCCACGCUAGCGCCACAAUUGUAACCAGACUGCUUGGAGUUGACAAGGAAAAUAUCUGGUAGUCACUUCAGUCUACUCUGACUCUACUCUUGAUCAACUCUAAUUAAACUUCAGUCUACUCUGACUCUACUCUUGAUCAACUCUAAUUAAACUUCAGUCUACUCUGACUCUACUCUUGAUCAACUCUAAUUAAACUUCAGUCUACUCUGACUCUACUCUUGAUCAACUCCAAUUAAACUUCAGUCUGCUCUGACUGAUGUCUUGAUCAACUCCAAUUAAACUUCAGUCUACUCUGACUGAUGUCUUGAUCAACUCCAAUUAAACUUCAGUCUACUCUGACUGAUGUCUUGAUCAACUCCAAUUAAACUUCAGUCUACUCUUGAUCAACUCCAAUUAAACUUCAGUCUACUCUGACUGAUGUCUUGAUCAACUCCAAUUAAACUUCAGUCUACUCUGACUGAUGUCUUGAUCAACUACAAUUAAACUUCAGUCUACUCUUGAUCAACUCCAAUUAAACUUCAGUCUACUCUUGAUCAACUCCAAUUAAACUUCAGUCUACUCUUGAUCAACUCCAAUUAAACUUCAGUCUACUCUGACUGAUGUCUUGAUCAACUCCAAUUAAACUUCAGUCUACUCUUGAUCAACUCCAAUUAAACUUCAGUCUACUCUUGAUCAACUCCAAUUAAACUUCAGUCUACUCUUGAUCAACUCCAAUUAAACUUCAGUCUACUCUUGAUCAACUCCAAUUAAACUUCAGUCUACUCUGACUGAUGUCUUGAUCAACUCCAAUUAAACUUCAGUCUACUCUUGAUCAACUCCAAUUAAACUUCAGUCUACUCUUGAUCAACUCCAAUUAAACUUCAGUCUACUCUUGAUCAACUCCAAUUAAACUUCAGUCUACUCUGACUGAUGUCUUGAUCAACUCCAAUUAAACUUCAGUCUACUCUUGAUCAACUCCAAUUAAGGGGGCUGUUUACAACAUUUACAUACACGCUAACUUCCCCAAAUAUUUGGCACACUAUAUCCCGCCCUUAUACGGCUUAUAGGACGUAAUGAAGUACCCUACGUACCAGGAGUGUGAAUCUUUGGGCAUGUAACAACUUGAUCUGAUUCACAUUCUUGGGGUGACUAUUCAAUUUAGAAUCUAUUCUCAUUUCAACACGAUUCUUGCAAUGUGUUAUUUGGUAUAAUAUUCAUAAUGAACCCUUUUUUAAAAAAAAAAAAAACAUGUUACAGGUUAAAACAGCUCCUUCUGGUUGCAUAAAGAUGGAAGAAAAAACAUAUUUUAAAAAAAUGUAUUCUUAUUAAUAAAAUCACAGUUUUUUCCGGACUAUAGAGCAAAGCGGUAUAUCAGCCCCACCAAGAACAUUAUCAAAGAAAAAAAUAGUUUUCCAUUUGUUAGCCACACCGGACGCUGCAGAUAUAUACGCUGUGAAAUUAUUAUUUACACAGAAAUAUUAUGAAUAUGUUUAUUUACAUACCUUCAUUGUUUCCAAACGGUGUCUGCAACAUGGCAGUAAAACGGCUGAUCAAACAAAACAAAAGUCAUGGUCAUGGACCCACUCGCUGCGCAAGCUAGCUCUCCAAUCAGCUAAACAGACUCAUUAACUCCACGGUGACAUUUUGGUGAAUUUACAAAACUAAAACAAUACAAAAUGAAGGGCAUUGUAGUGUGUAACAUGUUAGUAUAUUAGCUAAUGCUAACAAUGUUUGUUUGAUUACAUUACGAUAGCAGGUAGAAAUAUGCAUGAAAACACUCCUACAGAAAUCACGCAUGGGACACUUUAGUAAGUAAGAAUUGUUUUAGUUGUAAAACUUUCAAAUGAAUGAAGAAUCCAUACGAGUAAAAAUGCUAUGGACGACGAGAAGACAGAAGGGCACUUGUACUUCCGGUCGAAUGCUCAGUCUAAACAGAAGGGCAAUGCAACACCUGCAGUGAACAAACUCGUCAAAAGAUGGCGCCGUAGCACAAGCAAAAACACACUUUUUCAGUGUCUUUGCUUGGUUUUUUUAACUAUUUGCAUCAUGGCCGUCAGCAAAGAAAAAAACAGCAAUUAGCCGCAAAGUUUCGUAAGCCGCAGGGAUCAAAGCUUAGGAAAAAAGUAGCAGCUUAUUGUGCGGAAUGUAUUUUUAUUUUUUUGAAAAUUAUAAACCAAUUUAGAAUCGGGAUGAAUAACAAUCGCGAUUUGGAUGUUAAUCGAUUUUUUAUUUUUUUAGUGCAGCCCGACUAGGUACGUACAUAACACAUGCACGUGCAUGUGUUAUGUACGUACCUAGUCGUACCUAGUCAUACGUACCUAGUCAUGCACGUACAUAACACAUGCACGUGCAUGACUAGGUACGUAUGACUA